GAUGAACUGCUAAGCAAGGUCGGCCCCCACUUCUCCGGAAAACAAGAAUGGUCAAAAUCAUUUGACAAGUUCGAUGUCGUCCUGAAGUUUAGCCAAUACGCAGGCGUGUGUGCACUUCUUCCUCAAACCCAAAAGCGUCCGCCUGGUGCGGGUGCUAUCGAUCUUAGAAUGCUUUAACCAUGGCAGAACCUCCGACGAGUGGCCACCUACAACCCACAACGGAUGAGUUAUUCAAGUUGGUCGAACGGUUCCGAGUCCUGGUCAUCGGCAAAAGUGGUGUAGGGAAAUCUUCCCUUAUCAACGAAUGCUUCGGUGUCAAGGAUGCUACCGUGGCUCAUUCAGAAGCUGGCGUGUCGGAUAUCAGUACUGAGAUUAUAUCCAGCGAAAAUGGAAGAUUUGUUCUGCACGACAGCAAAGCGUGACUUAAUCAUUCAAUUCCCUGUGUACUUUGUUGUCUAUGUACACAUGCCAUAAUCCGAACGAAAAGAAGCCAGUGAAAUGAACUU